UAUGUUCCCUGGAUCCGACUGGAAGCUCACAGUCACUCCUCCCCCCGUGAGUCUGGUGUGUCACGAGUACCGCAGUAGCAAUACAGACAGGCACUGGUACCACAGCCUAACUGGUCGCUCUUUGAAAUCGGUAUAAAAAGAGCACGCUCGAUUGUAUCUCAAAAGUUGUGACAUGUAAACACAAAAGGCUGGAUCUGUUGGAAUAUUGCUUGACAUGAAGGGAAAGAUGACCAUUGGAAAGUUGAAAUCAUCCCUUUUGUUUUACAGCCUUGUAGAGAGUUUUGUGUGACUCUGAAUCUAUUUGCAUCAAUUUGAAUAUGAAACCGUUGAGGCUGUCUCACUUGUCUCCUUAGAGUUAGGUGGGUACGACAAGCCUGACCCGUCAUUCAAAGGUCGGUUGUCCCUACAGCAUGAAUAGCUCAUGCACGUCAUUACAACACAGUAAUCGAUGCAAAUGUUUCAAAUACCAUCUCUCUGAGAGUGUGCCGUCAGCCAGUUGCAGGAAAAUGGAUCUAUUGGUGGUCGCCUGUGUGCUGUUGUCUCCUGUACUGCGCGUGUACCCUGUUUGUCUCAAUAUACCCGCCCUUGUUCAGAACCACACCAGUUUACGUAACCAUGGAUACCGGCGUCUACAACCCUCGAACCUUCUUCAAUGUGCCUCAGAGUGUUUGCGGUCAACCCAUUGUAAAUCCUUCAACUUUCACUCGGAGAAUUUUGAAUGUUUCCUCAACACAGAGGACGGCACCGGUGCUCCCAACGACGUCAUCGCCAUCGACAACAUCGUGUAUGCUGAUAAGUCCGACUGGCCACUGUCUCUGAGCGGCCCCUGCAGAAAUGUGACUUUCCCUGCCAUGGAAAGGUGUGACAUCGACCGCUCCCAACUCGCCAUCUGUGUGCAAGAUGAUGUAAGUUGCGGAGCGCCACCUACCGUCACGAAUGCCACAUUAGAGUACGACGGCCGCUACCCCGGAGCAAUAGCCUCGUAUUCGUGUCCUGUCAACUUCCGGUUGUGUGGGAGCAAUGUCAGCACAUGUUCUGCCGGAAGUUGGGUAGGGCACAGCACAGCCUGUAAGCAGUAUCGAUGGAUAAACCCGAGUUCUGAAACUGACUAUCCUGUUCCUUGCGAAUUUAACAUCGGAUGGUCUGUCUUGCUGAGAGGAAACGUCAUUCCGAGUGAAACCCGCUUCAAGAUCAACCUAAAACCCAAGCCUACCUGGUUUCUAAUGCAUGUCGUCAUCAACAUGGACUACAGGACUCUAUCUAUCAACGUUGCAGCUCCCAACUGGCAAGCCGAGGAGACGAUUGACACCUCCAGUUACUUCCCCUUUGAGAGGGGUCAUGACUUCGAGGUCACUAUUCUGCGCGACAGUGCAACGUCACACCAGAUAACAUUUAACAACACACUGACGUAUACCUUCAACGACAGAUUACCAGGGGAGGUAACUGCCUGGGUGCACUGUGAAAGCACAAAUAAUGUCUUCAGUGAAAUAGUCGUUAUUCCUCCAAAUUGACAGUCAUCUCCACUGCAGUGUGCGACAUUCCCGCUGACGACGUGAUCACUGACACUGCCUGACGUCACGACGUGGAACUGUGUUGAUGGUGGAUGCAGAUAUAUCCAACGUUGGGUCUAAAGCUGCGGCGGUAUAUGUCGACGCCAGCAGUGAUCAAUAAGCCUCAGUGUGUCAUGUGUCAGUGGAAUGUGUUGGGAGGACAUGGCCCCUGUGAAAUGAAUGUCGAUACGUCUAUGACAGUAUAUAUUUGCCGUAGUGUGCCUCAAUGCGUGUACGUUGUUCUUUUGUACCCUAUAAUCAUACUGAACAUAUCUUCAAACAUUUGCCUGCAAUUAUCUAGUUAUAACGCCAAUAUCUACCCACAUCUUACACAUAAUCCCCCCUCUCUUCACACUGAAUAUAUACCAACACCUUACACAUACCUCCACCUUCUCUUCGCACUCAAUAUAUACCCAGACCUUACACAUACCUUCCCCCUCUCUUCACACUGAAUAUAUACCCAGACCUUACACAUACCUCCACCUUCUCUUCACACUGAAUAUAUACCCAGACCUUACACAUACCUCCACCUUCUCUUCACACUGAAUAUAUACCAACACCUUACACAUACCUCCACCUUCUCUUCACACUGAAUAUAUACCCAGACCUUACACAUA